UUGACGCUCGCUAAAACUAAGCCGAAAAUGGACUCAGAUUCAGAUUAUCAGCCUGAAACUGAUGUAGAUUCAAGUGAUGAUGAAGUCUGGGAACUCAUUGACUCUUCAGAUGAUUCAGAUGAUGAGAAUAUUCCUCCCAACAGCACUCUGAAUGCGACACAGCCAAACGUAAACUAUGGCUAUGAUGUGCUGGACACUAUGCCAGAGGCCCCAGCAAGCUUUCUUCCAGAAAGGGUUCCUGGUAUACAGCUUGACCAGGUUAGGACACGAGACUCUGCUAAACAAUUUUUCAGAGCUAUUGACUUUUUUAAACUUUAUUUUACAAUGGAUAUUGUUUUGCAAAUCUGUCAAUACACCAACACCUAUGCAACUGAACAUGGACUGCAGAAACCAAGUGUGUUCCAGAGUUGGUAUGAACUAAGCCCUGACGAAUUCUACAGAUUCUGUGGACUUAUCAUGUAUGCUGGAAUAGUUCAGGUCCCCAACAUUGAGCGAUUCUGGUCAACCAAAUCUCUAUACAAUGGACUUUGGGCAAGAGCCUUUAUGUCACGUGACAGAUUCAAGGCAAUAAUGUGUUUUAUUAAAGUGUCAAAUCCACUUACAGAGGAUCCCAAUGGUAAACUCUGUAAAGUGAGAAUGUUAACGACAUACAUUAGAAUGAAAUGUAUAAAGCUUUACCAACCUCAUCAAAAUGUCUCUAUUGAUGAAAGAAUGGUUCGGAAUAAAGGUAAAUAUGCAUUUCGACAAUACAUUCGAGACAAGCCAACAAAGUGGGGCAUGAAACUGUGGAUCCUUGCUGAUUCUUUAAGUGGGUAUACCUAUGAUUUUGAUAUUUAUUUAGGAAAGCAGGAUAAUGGCCCUUUUGGAUUAGCUUAUGGGGUGGUGAUGAAGUUAACUAAAUCUAUAUCUAGGCAAGGGUAUAGGCUUUUUUUUUGA